AUGAGGGUCUGUUUUUAUCUCGCCACCACAUACAAAAAUGCGGUUCAAGAUAUCCGUAAAUACUUUUACAUCAGAUAUUUGUACGUUAACAACAAAGAAUAUGAAAUCGGUUAUUUAACUCACGAGAUAAUUUACAAAUACCAAAUCGUUUUGGAGCUAUUUCAAAUAAUACAAAAGAAGUAUGAACGGCACCCUGAGAGGGACUUCGCGAUGCCAUCAUAUAUGUUGUAUAUGUAUACGAACAUUUUACACCAAAGCACCGAUAUUAUACAUCUUUGCAACAUGCUACACGAGAUAGAGAAGAAAUAUGAACAUAACACCGAUCUAGGAGUGUUUUAUAAUUCUAAGGAGAAAAGCGAAGCGGACGCGAAGAAAGCUAAUCGAACGAUCAACGAUAUAAAAGCAGAUAUAGAAGCUUACAAGAAGAGAAGAAUUAAAAUGCUCAAACGAUUGGAGAGGGAAAGGAAGAAGAGAAUGAAAAUGUUACACAAAGGACGGUUCCAAUAUCUCACGUCAGUUCGUACUACAAAAACGUUCAUUAAAAAAUAUUGGGACCUCGAUUACGGCUGGUCCAUAGAAGAUUGGUGA